AGUAGAGGGAGAGAGAGAGAGGAAUAAUCGGAAAUAAUCGACUGCCUGUGCAGUGUGGACGCGAUAGAAAUCUGCGGAGUAGGACGAGAGAGAGAGAGAAUUUCGGCCGACCCAGGAGAAACUCGUUCCUCUGGAAAGUGGAUUAGAUUUCUUGUUUUUGGGGAAAAGGCACACCACGGCUCAUCUGCCUCUGGUAUCAUCAUCAUCAUCAUCAGAAUCAACGACACACAAUACGAAUUUGCGCAAUUGCAUCUUCAGCUACGACUGGAUUUCCCCUCCAGAAGAAAAUGCAGCCAGAUAUUUACAGUGGCGGGCUGGGAAUGGCUCCAAACAGGAAGAGUAAGGGCAAGAUUGAAAAGCCCCGACCUCUCAAGAUCUGCACUCUGGGAGACCAGUCCAUGGAGAGUGUUCUGUCGGAAAUGGACCUAGUGGCGCAGUAUCUUAACUCCUCCACGUAUGACCGAAGCGUGUACCCAGCCAUCGCUGCACUCUGUGAAAAUUUAAAAAUGUUUGGACCUCAGCUUGAAAAUGUAUAUAAAGAUCAGUUGGAUAAGUGUUACAUAUCUCUUCGAAACGGUUGCCGUGACGAUCGUCUGAGUCUGGCAGCUCGUUACCGCCUUCUUGAAGUGAUAGAACUACGUGCAAUGCACUGGCAACCCAAUGAAAACCUUAUAAAUUACUACAAACAAAAACUUGUUCAAAUUGAAGCUGAAGAAGCAGCAUUGGAAGACCAACAAUGUGAUCUGACUGGCUCAACAACUCCCGCCAGCAUAAUGACACCAACAGGUACUCCCCAGAUGAUGAUUCCAGGAAUGCAAUCUUACCAGCAGACGGUUUACAAUCAGACCAAUCAGGCACAAACCCCAAUACCCCAUCCACCAACCCCUACACUUCUUGGACCUGGGGAGAUUAUUAGGAGCUCUGGAAAGUUUGCCAAACCAACACGGAUACCAGGCAAAAACUAUUGCAAGGAUGAAGUUGUCAUUCGAAACGCUGAUUCAGGAAAAGUUAUGGGCAUAAAGGGGAGACGGGUGCACAUGAUUGAGGAGCUCUCUGAAACCAUCAUCUCCUUCCAGAGAGUGGCACCUGGUGCAAGGGAACGUCUUGUACAGAUCACUGGCCCAGCAGAGGAAAACAUCAACCAAGCCAGGCACCUUAUUGAGGAAACCAUCCGUCGCAAUGCAUCCCCAGUUCGUAGUGAUGAGCGUGGAUCAAUCUUUAACUCUCUUGGUGGCUCUUCAUCAUCUAUUUCAUCCCAUACUUCCGAUGAAACAUUGCAAGUACUCCGAAAGCAACUCUCACUGGAUGAAUUAAACCUAAGUUCAAAAAGGAACACACUUGUGCACAGCCAGUCAAUGGGGGAUGAGCCCAUUGGCGAGUAUCGUUACACAGUUACCCGUGGUAGUGAUGCAUUGAAGAUCACUGGCAAUAACUUGCAUCUAGUAAGGACUGCAAAAUUGGUGCUGGAUGAGUUCUUCAAUGGAGAGAGGAACCUGAACAAUAUAGCUCAACUUCUUGGCACAGAUAUCAGCAGCAGCACUGAAACGGCUGUAGAGUCCCCAACAACUGUCGUGCAACAGAAUCCAGUCAAGCAGUCAUCACCUCUACAAACCCCUACCACUGAAAGUGAAUCAUCCGCAGACAUCCUCAAGGGUGUAGUGACAGUUCUUCGUCAACCAUUGUUCCCUUCUUCUUCGAAGGAGGCCAUUGAAAAUGCUGAAAGUGGUGUCCAGCCUGCAGAUCUGAGUUCCAAGAAUCGCAGACACUUGUUCCAGAAGACAAGUGAAGACCGAGCAAUGAAUGGGGAUGAUGCUGGCCCCUCCACUCCUGGUACCACUUGUCCUGCUCUUGAGGCUGUGUCGGACCCUGCUCCUGUUCGCUGCACCUACACUCGCCAGUUCCUUGUGCAAUGUGCUGCAUCACCUCUCAGUCGCCAAACACCCAGCAACUGGUCCCAGAUUGUGCGGCAGUCACCUGUGGUUAUUAAGAAGAGCUGGCAAUAUCUAACAGGACUGGUAGCGACACUGAAUGAAAAUGGUGAAAAUGCUCUCAAUUCUAUUCCUACAUACCUUCAGGUAAGUGAUGUCGAGGAUGCAGCCGUUCUGCUGAAGAGAGAUUUAAAAUGGACGCUGGUAAGAACCAUGUCAACCACUGAGGAGGAUGACAACAAUGGUAACAAUGCUGCAUAGAGAGGGUUGUGAUAAGUUUUGCCAGAUGAUAUUCUAUAGAAAAGUUUUAUUUCCUAGGUCAGAGUGGCUUAUGAAAGGGUCCAUUGAAUCUCAUUUUCCUUUCAAACAGUUUUUAUACGCCUUUUUGAUACAUAAAAAUGGUCCAUUACUAGAAUUAUAUGAUUGGCAAGCUCUUCCGUAAUGCAUGAUAUUCAAUUUUUUCAAUACAGUUAUUGGGUUGCCUAAAGUGUAUUGCAUCUAAAAGUAUGUUAGGUUUAGUGUUUUUCAUAGAUAUCUACAUUUAUUGUCAUAAUGCAUAUUGUAAGUUAAUUGGUCACAUUUGUGCUUGAAAUGUGUUAACUUCUCUCAUUACGUUACUCAUGUGUUAAGCCCUUAUAUUUCCAUAAAUAUGUAAUAGCAUUUUUUGUAUAUGAGGCUGCUCAGUUGUUGCUCUUCCAGGUGCCUUUUAGGAUGUAAUGUUCAUACUUAUAGAUUUUAUGAAGAAAAAAUGGAUGAGCAUGUUUAGGAUUAAAUAAUAUUUAGGAUAUGAGCAAUGCCUUGAGGUCUGUUCUUGUUGAGCCAAGUUCUUCGUACCAAUGCUGAAUAUUGAUUUUUUUUUUUUUUGAGAUCACUAUUUAAAACUACUGCAGAAUUUGGAAAAGAACAAUCUAGCCUCACUUGGAUCAAUUUAAUGUUUUUUAUAUUCCUUAUUUUUCUGAUACACUAGCAGUGGUAAGGUUCGCUAUUAUUGUUCUGUAAAUACUUUUUUUUCUUUCUUUUUUUUUAGUUGAUUGCAGUGACAAACUGCAAUACUAUGUGUUUUUGUUUCUUCAGUUCUUCACAUUUGUUUUUUUCCUUCUUGAAAUUUGUUAACUUUUUCUUAACAGUGCUGUAGAAAUAGACCCACUUAUAUAAUGUCAGUGUCAUCAGUUAUUUGAAGAGAUGAAAAACUCUGGUAAUUUGUUUUCCUAAUUUUUUCUUAACAGUAUACUUUUCAAAGUUUCCUGAAGAUGUGUUUACAAAUGCAACUUGAGAAUUUUCAGUAUCACCACUCAUCCCAUUUCCUAGAAAGAUUUAAAAAAAAAUCAAUGCAAUUUGAUAGUUAUUUUCAUGAUGUUCAACACUUCAUUCUUAUAAAAAGGCAGUCUAGCUAUUUAAAGGAAAAGCAUCUUGUUAACAGUCUCAUCAAUGAUGAUGAAAAUACUAGUUAGAUGCCUUCCAUUGUAUAAUUUCUCUUGAGCAAUCCACUGUAUGAGGAAAUUUACCUUUAAAUUAUAUAUAAAAUUCUUGGUAAUUUUUUCAGCCUGUUAAUCGGGUAAAAGGUAUUAUUCUAGUCUCUUCAGAGAAAUGUUUUUUAUUUUUGUUAUCUUAUUUACAUAUUGUUAUUUCUGUUAUCUUUGUAGCCUCCAGUAGUCUGCAUACUUUAUACUCGAUUCGAAUAAAUUUAAAAGUUGAAAAAUA